AUGCGUCGCGGAGGCAGACCAACGUUGAGGCAGGGCCUUGAUAAAGAGGUCUACCAAGUCGUCCGCAAGAUUCUCGAUGAUCAGGUCGAGAACCCCGACUUUCGUCUAACAGUCACUGUAAUAUACGAGUCAAUCAAGCGAUCGAAUUCCAGCCUGAAUCGAAAACCCAAAAGAAUUCUCGAAGACAGUAUUGAGCGGGUCGUCGAAGUUCUCAAAGCCGAUGUACUUGAAGAUGACACCGACUCGAUAGAUGGUGAUUUCGCCGGAAUUGAGGAGCAGCCAGCGCCUGAGUCGAAUAGCAUGAACAAAGCCCUUGUCGGCCAGUGGAAUACUGCUUCAAAACCCUCCAAGCCAGACACCAAUACCCCAGAAAGUGCUAUACCCGCGCCGACGUCGACGAAAAAGCGACACCAUGGAGGCGAGUCUCAGUCUUCCAAGCGACGCAAGGCAGAAAGUGCUGUCGACCGGUCACCUCCAACUCAUGUGAGCCUCUCGGAUCUAGGUGGGUUGGAUGAUGUGGUCCAGCAGCUCGGAGAUCUUGUCAUUCUCCCCAUGACACGUCCACAGGUGUAUCUAUCAUCAAAUGUACAGCCUCCUCGUGGUGUGCUACUACAUGGUCCGCCUGGGUGCGGUAAGACCAUGAUCGCAAAUGCCUUUGCAGCAGAACUUGGAGUACCAUUUAUCUCCAUCUCCGCCCCGUCUGUUGUUUCAGGCAUGUCGGGAGAGUCCGAAAAGGCCCUCCGAGAGCAUUUCGAAGAGGCAAAAAGACUAGCUCCUUGUCUUAUUUUUAUCGACGAAAUCGACGCUAUCACGCCCAAGCGAGAAAGCGCGCAAAGAGAAAUGGAGAAGAGAAUCGUUGCCCAGCUCCUCACAUGUAUGGACGAUUUGGCCCUGGAAAAGACAGACGGGAAGCCCGUCAUUGUCCUAGCAGCGACAAAUCGACCCGACAGCCUUGAUGCGGCGCUACGCCGAGGAGGCAGAUUCGACAAAGAGAUCAAUAUGACAGUACCAUCUGAACCCGUUCGCGAGCAGAUCCUUCGUGCACUUACUCGCAAAAUGCGUCUCGCGGAUGACAUCGACCUCAAGACACUAGCGAAAAGGACACCCGGCUUCGUAGGCGCCGAUCUUAAUGAUCUGGUUUCUACUGCCGGCUCAGCAGCAAUCAAGAGAUACUUGGAGAUCUUGAAGAACAACAGCGGCGAAGAAAUGGAUAUCGAAGAGGCAGACGAAAUCAGCCCUAAAGUCAAGGAGCUUCGACGGCUCAUCACUCACGCCAAGGAAACACCAAUCGGCAGCGAAGCAGAGGUCGUUCUCGUAUCAAACGCAGACUUCUUUACUGCCCUCCCCAAGAUCCAACCAUCCUCUAAACGUGAGGGCUUCGCAACCAUCCCCGACACAACAUGGGCAGACAUCGGCGCGCUUGGCGGUAUUCGCGACGAGCUGUCCACCGCGAUCGUCGAUCCAAUCAAGAACCCAGACCUCUACGCCAGUGUCGGUAUCACCGCCCCAACGGGCGUCCUCCUCUGGGGGCCCCCCGGUUGCGGUAAGACGCUCCUCGCAAAGGCCGUGGCCAACGAGUCGCGCGCAAACUUCAUCAGCGUCAAGGGUCCGGAGCUCCUCAAUAAAUACGUUGGUGAAUCCGAACGCGCCGUCCGCCAGGUCUUCGUCCGCGCUCGUUCCUCCGUUCCCUGCGUCAUCUUCUUCGAUGAAUUGGACGCCCUCGUUCCGCGCCGAGACGAUACCCUCUCCGAAGCCUCCGCACGCGUUGUUAAUACACUACUCACCGAACUCGACGGUCUCGGCAGUAGCCGUCAAGGUAUCUACGUGAUCGCAGCCACGAAUCGUCCGGACAUCAUCGACCCGGCCAUGCUGCGGCCAGGCCGCCUGGAAACCCUCCUCUUCGUGAACCUUCCCUCGCCCCUAGAACGCGCGGAGAUCCUGCAGACGCUCGUCCGCAAACUGCCCAUUGAGUUCAGUGAGGAUCUCAGGCGAUUAGCGGAGGAGUGUGAGGGGUUCAGCGGUGCGGAUUUGACCAGUCUGCUGCGGCGCGCUGGAUACAGUGCUAUCAAGAGGCGGGAUGCUAUCAAGUUUGAGGACUUUGUCGCUGCUAAGUCGUUUAUUCGGCCUAGUGUGACGGACUUGAAAAAAUAUGAGAGGUUGAGGAGGGAUUGGAGUGGUGGGGUUGUCUGA